GGAAUCUCGAGUAUUUCUGACAUGCAAUCGUGAACGGCGAGUUUCGACGACGGUUAGGGGAAUAUUAAUCGAUGUCGACGGAUAAAUUGCUACUUCCUAACGGCGUUAAGUCAGACGGAGUCAUCAGAAGGACCAGAGCUGAUGCUGCGGCGGCGGCGGCCGCUUCUUGUUCUCUCGGCGGUGGAAGUCAAAUAUUUGACGAGCUCCCCAAGGCUGCGAUCGUCUCGGUCUCGAGACCCGACACCACCGAUUUUAGUCCCUUGCUUCUUUCUUACACCUUGGAGCUUCAGUAUAAACAGUUCAAGUGGACAUUACAGAAGAAGGCUUCUCAAGUUCUUUACUUACAUUUUGCGUUGAAGAAACGUUUGAUCAUUGAAGACCUUCACGACAAGCAAGAACAGGUUAGAGAGUGGCUACACAGCUUGGGGAUUUUUGAUAUGCAAGGAUCAGUUGUGCAAGAUGAUGAAGAACCUGACGAUGGCGCUCUUCCUCUGCACUAUACUGAAGAUAGUAUCAAGAACAGGAAUGUUCCUUCGUGUGCAGCGUUUCCAAUCAUUCGUCCAACUAUAGGCCGGUCAGAGACAGUUGUAGACCGUGGGAGAACCGCAAUGCAAGGCUACUUGAGUCUCUUUCUAGGGAACUUGGACAUUGUAAACUCUAAAGAGGUCUGCAAGUUCCUUGAAGUUUCUAGACUCUCGUUUGCUAGAGAGUACGGUUCCAAGAUGAAAGAAGGAUUUGUCACAGUGAAGCACCUGAGGGAAGUCCCAGGUUCUGAUAGUGUCCGAUGCUGUCUUCCUUCACAUUGUCUCGGUUUCUUCGGAACUAGCUGGACAAAGGUUUGGGCCGUUCUGAAACCGGGAUUCUUGGCGUUACUAGAAGAUCCAUUCAGCGGAAAGCUUCUAGAUAUAAUGGUGUUUGACACAUUGGGGUUACAGAGUACGAAAGAGUCUUCUGAACAACCGUGUUUGGCUGAACAGGUGAAGGAACACAACCCAUUGCGUUUUGGCUUUAAAGUUACUAGUGGGGACCGAACCGUGAGGCUGAGAACGACUAGCAGCAGGAAAGUUAAAGAGUGGAUUAAGGCCGUGGACGAAGCUGGUUGUUACAGUCCACAUCGGUUUGGUUCGUUUGCACCACCUAGAGGCUUGACAUCGGACGGAAGCCAGGCACAGUGGUUCGUAGACGGUCACACUGCGUUUGAAGCCAUCGCGUUUGCAAUCCAAAACGCCACAUCAGAGAUAUUUAUGACUGGUUGGUGGUUAUGUCCGGAGCUAUAUCUCAAACGCCCCUUUGAAGAUCAUCCGUCAUUGCGGCUCGAUGCAUUGCUGGAGACAAAAGCAAAACAGGGCGUUAAGAUUUAUAUUCUUCUGUAUAAGGAAGUCCAAAUCGCGCUGAAAAUCAACAGUAUGUACAGCAAGAAACGGCUUCAAAACAUUCACAAGAACGUCAAAGUUCUUCGUUAUCCAGACCAUCUCUCCUCUGGCAUAUACCUCUGGUCGCACCACGAUAAGAUAGUGAUUGUAGAUUACCAAGUUUGCUUCAUUGGAGGGUUAGAUCUCUGUUUUGGCCGCUACGAUACAGCUGAACACAAGAUCGGAGAUUGCCCUCCUUAUAUAUGGCCAGGAAAGGAUUAUUACAAUCCUAGAGAAUCUGAACCAAACUCAUGGGAAGAAACGAUGAAAGAUGAGCUAGACAGGAGAAAGUACCCGAGAAUGCCGUGGCACGAAGUACAUUGUGCUCUAUGGGGACCGCCUUGUCGCGAUGUGGCUAGACAUUUUGUCCAGAGGUGGAACCACUCUAAGAGAAACAAGGCACCUAAUGAACAGACGAUUCCAUUGUUGAUGCCUCACCACCAUAUGGUUCUUCCUCACUACUUGGGAACUAGAGAGAUCGAUAUCAUCGCAGCUGCUAAACCAGAGGAAGACCCUGACAAACCUGUUGUUCUUGCCAGACAAGACUCUUUCUCUUCUGCCUCACCGCCCCAAGACAUCCCUUUACUUCUCCCGCAAGAAACCGAUGCAGAUUUCGCCAGCAGAGGAGAUCUGAAGUUAGACAGCGGUUCAAGACAAGAUCUUGAUCGAUCUGGCAGUCAAGUUGAGUUUCCUGGGGAAACUUCAGAGGAAAGCGACCGGGACGAGGCUGUGAACGACUGGUGGUGGCAGAUUGGGAAGCAAAGUGAUUGCCGGUGUCAAAUAAUCAGAAGUGUUAGCCAAUGGUCUGCUGGGACGAGCCAGUCUGAAGAUAGCAUUCAUAAAGCUUAUUGUUCGCUUAUCCAGAACGCUGAACAUUUUAUCUACAUAGAGAACCAAUUCUUCAUCUCCGGGCUAGAAAAAGAUGACACGAUUCUUAACCGCGUUCUUGAAACGUUAUACAGACGCAUUCUGAAGGCCCAUGAACAGAACAAGUGCUUCCGCGUUGUGAUCGUUAUUCCGCUUCUCCCUGGAUUUCAGGGAGGUAUUGAUGACUUCGGAGCAGCCACGGUUCGAGCACUGAUGCAUUGGCAAUACCGUACGAUCUCUAGAGAACGAACUUCGAUUCUUGACAACCUUAACGCUUUGCUCGGUCCCAAGACGCAAGAUUAUAUCUCUUUCUAUGGUUUGAGAUCGUACGGACGGCUGUUUGAGGACGGUCCAAUUGCUACUAGCCAGAUUUACGUGCACAGCAAGCUAAUGAUUGUUGAUGACCGGAUCGCGGUGAUCGGAUCUUCUAAUAUAAACGAUCGGAGCUUACUAGGCUCGCGAGACUCUGAGAUCGGGGUUGUGAUCGAAGACAAAGAAUUCGUGGAAUCCUCGAUGAACGGAGUGAAGUGGAUGGCCGGGAAAUUCUCUAACAGUCUUAGAUGUUCCUUGUGGUCAGAGCAUCUCGGCCUUCAUCCCAAAGAGAUGCAAAAGAUCGAAGAUCCAAUCAAAGAUGCAACAUACAAGGACUUGUGGAUGGCAACGGCUAAGAAGAACACCGAUAUCUAUGACCAAGUCUUCUCGUGCAUCCCGAAUGAACAUAUACGCUCAAGAGCUGCAUUGAGACACAAUAUGUCUAUUUGUAAAGACAAGUUGGGUCAUACUACGAUCGACCUUGGCAUUGCACCGGAGAGGCUAGAUUCAUGCGGCAGCGACUCGUGGGAGAUGAUGAAGGAGACAAGAGGGCACCUUGUGUGUUUCCCAUUACAGUUUAUGUGUGAUCAAGAAGAUCUCAGACCGGUUUUCAACGAAUCCGAGUUCUACACUGCUCCUCAAGUCUUCCACUGACCACUAUUUAUGUACGCCCAGUUCUCUUUAAACAGUUAAUAGAGUACCUAAGCUGGUUAUCGAAAACUAUAUUAGAUGGUUGAAGGAGCUCACACGUUACUUUUGUAUAGAGAUGUUAGUUAUAUAGAAAGAGGAAAUUCAUUUGAUUGCUUCCUACGUUUGCAGAGGUAUGUGUGUGUAUAGUAUACACUUGUAAAUAAUAAUGUUUAUGUACCUCAAGCUGUACAAUACAUCUUCAAUUGCGGA